GAAACUCCACAACUCAGCUUCAAUUCUUCCAAGCAAUAAGCCAAUAACACUACUCUACUAGAAAGAAUUAUUGAGAUAGAAGAUGGGUGAUGGUGAGGUGAUUCUGUUGGACUUCUGGUGCAGUAUGUUUGGGAUGAGGGCCAGGGUAGCACUAGCAGAGAAAGGGAUCAAGUACCAGUACAGAGAAGAGGACUUGGGUAACAAGAGCCCACUGUUGACACAAAUGAACCCGGUUCACAAGAAAAUACCGGUCUUGAUUCACAAUGGGAGACCAGUGUGUGAGUCUCUCAUUAUUCUCCACUACAUUGAUGAGGUUUGGAGUCACACAUCUCCACUGCUUCCCUCUCAUCCUUAUCACAGAUCCCAAGCUAGGUUCUGGGCUUCUUACAUUGAUGACAAGCUAUCUGAGUAUGGGCACAAAUUAAACACAAGUAAAGGGGAAGAACAGGAGGCAGCCAAGAAAGAUUUCAUAGAUUGCAUGAAGGUGUUGGAGGGAGAACUUGGGGAGAAGCCCUAUUAUGGAGGGGAAAGCUUUGGGUUUUUGGAUGUGGCACUCAUCACAUUCUAUCCAUGGUUUCUGGCUUAUGAGAAAAGUGGGAACUUCAGCAUGGAAUGUGUGUGUCCCAAGUUGAUUGCAUGGGCCAAAAGGUGCAUGCAAAGGGAGAGUGUUUCCAAGUCCCUUGCUGAUCCCUACAAGAUCUAUGAGUUUGUGCAGCAGAUUAGGAACACCAAAUUUGGAACUGAUGAAUAAUUCCCUGCAACUUCAAUGCACAAACCUUGAUAAAGGCUCCUAUUUUAUCUUUUUCUCAUCAUCUCUACUGUAUCCCAUUUCAUAUUAAUAAAGGCUCCUAUUUUAUCUUUUUCUCAUCUCUACUGUAUCCCAUUUCAUAUUAAUAAAGGCUCCUAUUUUUUCUUUUC